GGCGGCAGGAGGAGGAGGAGGGAGCGGGGAAGAGGAAGAGGAGGAGGGCGCUUGCCUGAGCGAGCCCGGGAGCGGAGCCAGGGCGGAGACGGAAUGCGCCCCUGCGCCGCCCCGGGUUCCCAGCCGGCUGAGGGGGAAGCGGCUCCCUGAGCAGGAAGGCGAGAGAAAGGCGAGAGAGCCGGCGCCCUAUAUUCCCCGCCUUUGGCUGCCUGAGGAGGCGACGAUGGAGGGCCGGGCUCGCGUCCCUUGCCCUGGGCCGAGUAGCAGCUGAUAGCAGCGCCCGUCUCUCCCGCCCUCGCCCGGCCUUCCCUCCGCGCGGGCCCCCUUCGGAAGCAUGAGCGGGCAACCCAGGAGGAGCAGCAGCAGCAGCAGCCGCCGCCGCCGCCCCCGGCCGCCGCCGGCUCCUUCCUCGGCUCCCGAGUCUCCGCCGCGCCGCCGCCGCCGGUGAGAGCCGGCCGACCGACCGAGGUGGGGGGGGGGGAGAAGAAGAUGGGCGCCGUCCUGCGGAGCCUCCUGGUCUGCGGCUUGUGCGCUUUGGCGAGAGCAUCUCCACUGUUGCUUUAUGCAAAUCGGCGUGAUCUUCGGCUGGUGGAUGCUGCGGACGUGACCGAGAAUGCUACGAUUGUGGUGGGUGGCUUGGAAGAUGCUGCUGCGCUGGACUUCGUCUUCAUCCAUGGUUUGAUAUACUGGAGUGACGUCAGCGAAGAAGCCAUUAAAUGCACAGAAUUCAACCAAUCCGGAAGUGUGCAAAACAUUGUCAUUUCUGGGCUCUUGUCACCUGAUGGGCUAGCUUGUGAUUGGCUGGGUGAAAAACUGUACUGGACGGAUUCUGAAACGAACCGGAUCGAAGUUUCCAAUUUGGAUGGAUCUUUGCGAAAGGUUUUAUUCUGGCAAGAACUGGAUCAACCCAGAGCAAUUGCAUUAGAUCCUGCAAGAGGGUUCAUGUACUGGACGGACUGGGGAGAAAUGCCAAAGAUAGAACGGGCUGGGAUGGAUGGUUCAAGCCGUUCAGUUAUUAUCAAUGCAGAUAUUUAUUGGCCAAAUGGAUUAACCUUGGAUUAUGAAGAACAGAAGCUGUACUGGGCAGAUGCCAAACUGAACUUCAUUCACAGAUCAAAUCUGGAUGGGACUCAUAGGCAAGCUGUGAUUAAAGGAUCUCUGCCACAUCCAUUUGCUCUGACGUUAUUUGGUGACACCCUAUAUUGGACGGAUUGGACAACUUGCUCCAUCCUGGCCUGCAACAAAUACACUGGACAGAACCUGCGUGAAAUACAUUCCAACAUCUUUUCUCCCAUGGAUAUCCACGUCUUCAGCCAACAGCGACAGCCCAGUGCUACAAACCCGUGCAGGAAUAACAACGGUGGCUGUUCCCAUCUGUGUUUGAUGUCUCCCAUCAAGCCUUUUUAUCGGUGUGCCUGUCCCACAGGUGUGAAACUCCUUGAGAAUAAGAAGACUUGCAAAGAUGGAGCCAUGGAGUUGCUACUGCUGGCCCGAAGGACUGAUUUGAGGCGGAUCUCCUUGGACACUCCGGAUUUCACGGACAUUGUGCUGCAGUUGGAAGACAUUCGUCACGCCAUUGCCAUUGACUAUGACCCCGUGGAAGGGUACAUUUAUUGGACAGAUGAUGAAGUGAGAGCCAUCAGGCGUUCGUUCCUCGAUGGCUCGGCUAGCCAGUUUGUUGUACAGGCACAAAUUGCACACCCUGAUGGCAUUGCUGUGGAUUGGGUGGCCCGAAAUCUUUACUGGACGGAUACGGGGACAGACCGCAUUGAAAUCACAAGGCUUAAUGGGACUAUGAGGAAGAUCUUGAUCUCAGAAGACCUGGAAGAGCCGAGAGCUAUAGUUUUGGAUCCUAUGAUUGGCUACAUGUACUGGACCGACUGGGGAGAGAUUCCAAAGAUUGAGAGGGCUGCUUUAGAUGGUUCUGACCGAGUUGUACUGGUAAAUACCUCACUUGGUUGGCCCAAUGGAUUGGCACUGGAUUACAUUGAAAACAUGAUAUACUGGGGAGAUGCCAAAACAGACAAAAUUGAGGUCAUGAAAACAGAUGGAACCAGCAGAAGAGUCCUUGUGGAAGACAAGCUGCCCCACAUCUUUGGUUUCACUCUGCUGGGGGACUAUAUUUAUUGGACAGACUGGCAAAGAAGAAGUAUUGAGCGGGUUCAUAAGCGGACGGCAGAAAGGGAGAUCAUAAUUGACCAGUUGCCUGAUCUCAUGGGCCUCAAGGCUACCAAUGUCCACAAGACCAUGGGUACAAAUCCUUGUGCAGAUUCCAAUGGGGGCUGCAGCCACCUCUGCUUGUAUAGGCCUCAAGGAUUGCGCUGCGCCUGCCCCAUCGGCCUGGAGCUCCUGAGUGACAUGAAGACCUGCAUUGUCCCAGAAGCCUUCCUGCUGUUUUCCCGUAGAGCAGAUAUCAGGCGAAUCUCUCUUGAGACAAACAACAAUAAUGUUGCUAUUCCACUAACAGGAGUCAAGGAAGCCUCUGCCCUGGAUUUUGAUGUGACUGACAAUCGCAUAUAUUGGACAGACAUCUCAUUGAAGACCAUCAGUAGGGCGUUCAUGAACGGAAGUGCUCUGGAACAUGUGGUUGAGUUUGGAUUGGAUUAUCCAGAAGGCAUGGCUGUGGAUUGGUUAGGGAAGAAUCUCUACUGGGCAGAUACGGGAACAAAUCGUAUCGAAGUGUCAAAAUUGGACGGGCAACAUCGCCAAGUUCUGGUCUGGAAGGAUCUUGACAGCCCUCGGGCACUGGCUCUGGAUCCUGCUGAAGGGUUUAUGUACUGGACCGAAUGGGGUGGGAAACCCAAGAUUGACCGAGCAGCCAUGGAUGGUAGUGAACGUAGUACUUUAGUGCCAAACGUGGGACGAGCAAAUGGUCUGACAAUCGAUUACGUCAAAAGAAGAUUGUAUUGGACUGACUUGGAUACCAAUUUGAUCGAAUCUUCAAAUAUGCUGGGUCUUGACCGUGAUGUUAUAGCCGAUGAUUUACCACAUCCCUUUGGCCUAACUCAAUACCAGGAUUACAUCUACUGGACAGACUGGAGCCGACGUAGCAUCGAACGUGCCAACAAGACCAGCGGCCAGAAUCGGACCAUCAUCCAAAACCACCUGGAUUACGUGAUGGACAUUCUAGUCUUCCAUUCAUCCCGGCAAGCUGGCUGGAAUGAGUGCGCUUCCAGCAAUGGGCACUGCUCCCACCUCUGCCUGGCAGUGCCCGUUGGUGGCUUUGUCUGUGGAUGUCCUGCUCAUUAUUCCUUGAACCCUGACAACAGAACAUGUAGUGCCCCUACAAGUUUCUUGCUCUUCAGUCAGAAGAAUGCAAUCAAUCGUAUGGUGAUCGAUGGGUUGAAGAGUCCAGAGAUCAUCCUUCCAAUACACAGCCUCAGAAAUGUUCGGGCAAUUGACUAUGAUCCCCUGGAGAAGCAGCUUUACUGGAUCGACUCUCGCCAAAACAUUAUUAGAAGGUCACAGGAGGAUGGCAGUCAGAGUUCUACCAUUGUGAUGAGUCCCGUUCCCAACCAAAAUUUAGAUAUCCAGCCAUACGAUCUGAGUAUUGAUAUUUACAGCCGUUAUAUUUACUGGACUUGUGAAGCCACAAACGUCAUCAAUGUCACACGCCUGGAUGGACGGUUGAUGGGCGUGGUGUUGAAAAAUGAGCAGGAUCGGCCUAGAGCUAUUGUUGUGAAUCCAGAGAAGGGAUACAUGUAUUUCACCAAUCUCCAAGAAAGAUCUCCCCCCAAAAUUGAAAGGGCAGCAUUAGACGGAACCGAACGGGAGGUCCUCUUUUCCAGUGGGCUGAGUAAACCCGUUGCCUUGGCUGUCGAUAGCAACUUGGGGAAGUUAUUCUGGGCAGACUCUGACCUGCGGAGAAUCGAGAGCAGCGAUCUGUCUGGUGCAAAUCGGAUAGUACUAGAAGAUUCCAACAUACUGCAGCCUAUAGGCCUGACCGUGUUUGAAAAAUGGCUUUACUGGAUUGAUCGUCAUCAGCAGAUGAUUGAGAAAAUUGACAUGACUCGCCAAGAGGGACGUACGAAGGUUCAGGCUCGAAUUGCUCAGCUGAGCGACAUCCAUGCUGUUAAAGAACUCAACAUGCAGGAAUACCGACAGCACCCCUGUUCCCAAGAUAACGGUGGCUGUUCUCACAUCUGCAUUAUAAAAAGCGAUGGAACUACGCGCUGCUCCUGUCCCAUGCAUCUAGUCCUGCUUGAAGAUGAACUUUCCUGCGGAGAGCCUCCAACUUGCUCCCCGCAACAGUUCACGUGUUACACAGGAGAGAUUGACUGCAUCCCUGUGGCCUGGCGUUGUGAUGGGUUCACGGAGUGUGAAGAUGCCAGUGAUGAGAAGAACUGCCCCUUGUGCUCGGAUUCCCAGUUCCAGUGUGAGAGCGGGCAGUGCAUCGAUGCCACCCUGCAGUGCAACGGAGAACCAAAUUGUCAGGAUAACUCGGACGAAAAGAAAUGCAAAGUGCUUUGUUUAACUGACCAGUUCCGGUGUGCGAGUGGUCAGUGUAUUGGGAAAAACAAGAAAUGUGACCACAGCCUAGAUUGUAAUGACAAUUCAGACGAACAGGGCUGCUACACAACCGAAGAACCAGCCCCACCUGCCACCAAUACAAUCGGUUCCAUCAUCGGUGUGAUCCUUACGGUUUUUGUCGUUGGUGCUAUGUAUUUUGUUUGUCAGAGAGUGCUGUGCCCACGCAUGAAAGGAGAUGGAGAAACAAUGACCAAUGACUACGUUGUCCAUGGACCGUCUUCUGUGCCUCUGGGUUAUGUGCCUCACCCAAGCUCCCUUUCUGGAUCUCUUCCAGGAAUGUCCCGUGGUAAAUCUGUGAUCAGUUCACUUAGCAUCAUGGCAGGAAGCAGCGGCCCACCUUAUGACAGAGCUCACGUCACUGGGGCUUCCUCCAGCAGCUCCUCCAGCAUCAAAGGAACCUACUUCCCUCCAAUUUUGAACCCUCCUCCAUCACCAGCAACAGAGGACUCCCGCUACACAAUGGAAUUUGGUUAUUCGUCCAACAGCCCUUCUACACACAGGUCGUACAGUUACAGGCCGUACAGCUACCGCCAUUUUGCACCUCCGACAACCCCGUGCAGCACCGACGUUUGCGACAGUGACUACGCACCCAGCCGUCGGGUGAUGAUCGUGGGCGGCAAAGGCUACGCCAGCGACCUCAACUACGAUUCUGAGCCCACGCCACCGCCACCAACCCCACGCAGCCAGUACUUGUCCGCAGAGGAGAACUACGAGAGCUGCCCGCCUUCCCCUUACACAGAGCGGAGCUACACGCACCACCUCUACCCGCCACCCCCUUCUCCUUGCACCGAUUCCUCGUGAGGGAAGCUCGCCCCUCCCCCCAACUGCGUCCAGCUCAGCUGUUGUACAUAGUGUUGCUUGCCCUUGUUGAGGAACAUGGGGGCAGAGUCUCCCGUGUACAGUGAAAAUGUUUGACCUGGGGGGGAAGUUGCCUUUUGUAGAAUGAGGGAGAGGGAGAGGGAGGGAGUAAAGAGGUUAUUUAUAUAUUUUUCCUAAAAAAAAACAGAAAUUGCUGCUUUGUGACAUAAGAAAAUUUUUUUAAAAGUUUGUAUACAAAGUUUUUUUUAAUUAUUAUUUUUCCAAAUGGAACACAAGAAGAUGCCUUAAAAUCCGUGAAGGGACUGAGCAUGUAAGGAAACUGAAGGACCCGGAGAUGUUGCUGUUCAAUGAGCCAAAUAUCAAAAAAAAGAAGACAAAGAAGGAGGAAGUGGGGUGUUUUUUUUAAAAAAAAAAAAAGAGGAAGGAAAAAACAAGGAAAGGAGUGAAAGGACGGGCACCAUAAAGCAGCAUUUAAGAAUAUCUGCCAAGAGCUGAGCAACUUAAUGUUCUUUUUUUUUACUCUGACAGGGAAGCAAUUAAAUUAAACUUGAAGAAAACUGUUGAGACAGAUCGGUACACCAAGAACUUCGUUUUCUACAAAAGUGGACUUUUCAAAGCGCACUCAAAACAGUCACGCUCACCCACGCUUCUGAACAUGCCCUGGAAUUCCCACCCCCUGAAAUUGUCCCAGGUGUCCUACUGCGUCACCAGCUCUUUGUCCCUAUUUUGAAGUUCUCAUCAUAGUAUUGCAGGUGGUUUUGUCCAAAGCUGUAGAAAUGUCUUGUAGUUCAAUCCAAAGUGGACAAAGAUGCUUGAGAGCUGGAGUGAGGGGGGGGGGCACCUCCGCUACCUGCCAGCAAUUCCUUCAAGAAGCCGCACCUUUUCCUGGACUGAGGGAGCAGCCACCGAGUCCCAGGAAAACACAGAUUUGAGUUAAGGAGCCUUGGCAACACCGUGGCUGCCUCCUUCCCCUUGACUCAGCCAUGUGUUUCCCUGAGCCUGCGGGGACCCCAUGCAAGCCAGUGGUGAAAUCCAAAUUUUUUUACUACCAGUUCUGUGGUAUGGCUUGGUGGGUGUGGCAGGGGAAGGAUACUGCAAAAUCUCUGUUCCCACCCCCCUCCAGGGGAAGGGUACUGCAAAAUCCCAAUUCCCUCCCCACUCCUGGGGGAAGGAUACUGCAAAAUCUCCAUUCCCACCCCACUCUGGGGCCAGUCAGAGGUGGUAUUUAUCGCUUCUCCGAACUACUCAAAUUUUCCGCUACCGGUUCUCCAGAACCUGCUGAAUUUCACCCCUCAUGCAAGGCCAGGAAAAUGUGUGUCUUCUUGUGAAGCAGCCCUCCAGUAAAGAGAAGGUGCUCUUGCUUCAUCCAAAGCAAACUCACCUGUUAGGACCCAAGGACGGGCAUGCCAGCAUGAAGAUACAAGCUUUUGCAAGAUUGAGAAAGUCAUCCAUUUCAAAGCGGGGGGUGGGUGGGGGAGAGGGGAGUUAGCGUGUUGUCCUCUUCCUCCUUCCAAAAAUUGAGGGAUUUUGCUUCUGUUACCAAUAUUUUCUUCUGCUCCUAACAGGAGAGGGAGCAGACAUACCAUUGGGGGGGUCUCUGCUUCUUCCUUACUUGCAUAGAGUCCUGGAGUCUGAGUCCUUGGUGACCAGGCUCUUUGUGAGUGGUGUGCGUGCAUGUGUUUGUGUGUGUGUGAGAGAGAAAUUAUGGGUGUAUGCAAGAAAUGAUUUUCAUUUCUUCCUGCCAGUACAAUCGGAUUAGUUCUCCUACCAGAUCAGUGAUGUUUUCAGACCCGAGACAAGGGCGGAUUACCUCUGAAUAAACCUCCCAGCUUUUCAGUAGACUUCAGUAGUGCCCCAAAGAGGGGCCCUAUUUUUUUUUUUAAAUCACACAUAUAGGUGGCAUAUUUAUGAAAGUGAACGAUGGAUUCUUAGUUUAAUGUAAAAAAAAAAAAAGAACAUAUACCCUUGCAGUUCGUUCAGUGAGUCUACGUGCACUGAAUCACCACAGGCACUUGUAUUUUAAACCAGAGUUCUCCAACCUUGGCGACUUU